AAUGACCCCCAGACUAAAAAUAAAAACCAAGUUCAUGAUCACAACAAGCCAAUCUUCCCCCAAAUCUGGACAUUUCCUGGACUUUUGAGUGGCCAGUGGUAUGAAACCACCCCAAUCGUGUUUGGGGUCCUGCCAGGAUUUGGGCAUUUAUAAAUGGAGAACACCUUCCUGAUCAACAGCUGAAGAUCUUCCACUUCCCGAUCAAGAGCUGAAGUUCUUCCACUUCCCGAUCAAGAGCUGAAGUUCUUCCACUUCCCGAUCAAGAGCUGAAGAUCUUCCACUUCCAGAUCAAGAGCUGAAGUUCUUCCACUUCCCGAUCAAGAGCUGAAGUUCUUCCACUUCCAGAUCAAAAGCUGAAGAUCUUCACAGCCCACCCAGCUUGAAGGAGAAGAUCUUCACAGUCUACCCAGCUUCUUCUCUUGAAAAUCCAGCCAUGGAGAAUCAGUAUGGAGACCGCAUUCCUCUCCAGAGAUACUUCUCAGCAGUCCGUCACAUGGAGCAAACGGUCAUGUUUCCCAGCCUUCUCCAGGGGGUCUCCUUGGAAGACCAGGAGGACCCAACCGAAAUCAACUCCGAGCAGAAAUGUUCCAGGGACAGAGACCUGUACGACGACUUCACGCUUCUAAAAUCCAUCAAGUCAACGGUUGAGAGCGGUCUACCUCCUCUUCACGACAAGAGUCUGAGCUCCAGCAGGGAAGAAGAAGAAGAAGCUAAGGAGAAGACCGACCUUGAAGGACUCUUUCGGUAUCACAUUUCCGGCUUAUAUCAUGUCCUCGCCCAAAUGACCAGCCGAGCCAACGCUGUGACUUCUAGGUACAAUGAAAUUCUGGGACAGAUCAGUCAGAAUGGAAUCGCUUUUCGUUGGUAGGAGGGCAUGGAAGAAAGGGGCAAGCUUGACUUCAGUGAUGGAGGUUAUUGUACAGUUCAGAGUCCUGUGCCUGGGAAGACAACCUUGGAUGCCGCAUCUUUUGACAGUGAUUUAUCCGGUUGUUGUGGAACUUUAUACUUGAAUCAUUUCAACACUGACGUUUGUGAUCGGAAGAAUUUUCUGUGCCUGGUUACUGCUAAUAAUUGUAGGCUUUGUGUAUUGUUGCUUUUUCGUAUUUUAAAUGGUUUGCUGGUUAAACAAAUAAAGAGUUGAAUUUCCUGGUG